AAAGGAUAAAGUGUGAUGCCGGGAAAACAAGCGUCGGGAUAAUUUGAUGUUCUUGUUCACUUUAUAAAGUUUCAAUCAUGGAAGUUCAUGCUUUUCAUAAAGCAUGUCAUUAUCUACCUACCAUCUACUAAACUUCAAAAGGAGAAGCACCAAAUUUAAAAUUAAAUUGAGGAUGAUGAGCACACCACACUUAUCUUCAUCUAGAAGCCUCCUUCAUAAAUUUAUUUUAACAGUAAAUUCAAUGCAUUAUAAAAGCAAUGUCACUUUCCACUGCCAUCAAAUUCAAAACCAUAUAGCAUGGCUGCUCCUCCUCCAGUCGCUAUAGGCACAAGGGGCACAAUUGGAUCUCUUGUGAGGAAGGAAAUUGAAUUCUUCUCAAAGUUUGAGUUAGGAAAUUCACAAAGGGCGCAGCCACAGUUUGUGAACAUGGUUUCUAGCAGAAGUUUUUCCACUUCCAAGCCUAGUUUCUGGGUCUUGCUAAUGACAGGGAAGAGGAGGAAGCGAAGAGGUACCAAUGUGUUUCUUUCAAAAAUGUGUUCUGUCGUUCAAGUGGUAGAAAGCAAUAAGUGGAACAGAAUUCCUGGUUACAGCUACAGAAUUCUCAAGGAUGAUAUCAACAACUUUCAGCUCUAAGUGAAUUAUAGUCUGCGCUUCUAUCUUGAGUGGUCAAAAACUUGCAGCAUGUUCAUGUUAUUUUUCACUGUGUUGUCAGAUUGGGAAAAACAUUUUUUUUUUUUUUUCAUAUGGGGUUCAUUUUCAAGUUCUAAUGCCUUUGGUAUUGGUACUGUCCUGCCUUUUGUCGCUUUGAGAUGUGCAUUCAGUGUUUGCAUGAGCAGAUUUGACCCAAUACAGCUCAUUGGAAGAAAAUAUGGUGAGGUCAAGAGGAUUAAGGAUCAAAUAGUAAAUGAAUGUCAUUAUUCUUGUUCAGAUCUGUGACCCCUUUGUAUUUCUGAACUAAAGGUUCAAGCACAAGAGUUCCUUUGUACUUAUCAACAUGUUUGUAACUAUGCCUACAUUAAUAUUAAUAUUUUCGGGCUUGGA